AAUAGAGACCGGGGAGGGAUCAACCGAAAACAUUGAUACGAGGGAGCUGCUACCAGGUUUUGGGGCGCCGUCUCAUUAUUGUUCCAUACACAGCGCCUUGUGCUUCUCCCAUUCCUCUCUGACAAUGGAGUCCAUUUGCCCAAUAGACGCGCGGUGUGCCAAUGAAAUUGCAGCACUUCUCAGUCCUCCGUCACCUCUUGAAGUUCAGGAAUAUUAUCAUAAGCUUUUAUCUACAAGGAAAUGCAGUAGUAUCAUAGUCAAACAGGAUGGAAACUUUGGAAAGGGUGUGUAUGCUGCCGUGGACUUCGAUGAAGGGGAGCUUGUUCUGAAAGAUCAAAUGCUAGUUGGGGUUCAACACUCUUCCAACAAGAUUGACUGUUUUGUCUGUAGCUCCUGCUUUCGUUUUAUUGGUUCUAUAGAACUUCAAAUUGGAAGGAGGCUUUACUUACAAGAAUUAGGGGCUGAGAGUCAUGGUUGCGAUAUGGGUGACUCCUCAAACACAUCAAAACACAAAAAUGACAAAGAUUCAUCUGAUGGAGAGGACAAUUCAUAUAAAAAAAAGGAGGAUGGCGCUGGAGAAUGUAGUUUUGGCAGUUCUGAAGCUAAAAUUCAUCUCCCUGAAGGUGUUGUUCAAUCAUUAAUGAACGGCCAUAUGGUGCUGCCUUACUCUAAGGAGUUCUCCUUGCCGCCAGCUGUUCCAUGUCCAGGUGGAUGUGGAGAGUCAUUCUACUGCAGUACAUCAUGUGCAGAGGCUUAUUGGGAAUCCUGUCAUUCUUUGAUUUGUACUGGUGAGAGGUCUGAUGCAGCACGGAGGGAGGCACUUCUAAAAUUCAUCAAACAUGCUAAUGAAACAAAUGAUAUAUUCCUCCUUGCCGCAAAGGCUAUUUCUUCCACCAUAUCAAGGUACCACAAGCUAAAAGAGAGAUAUCUUUUAGAGAAAGGUAAAUAUGAUAAGUCACAUCUUUCAAACCGUUGUGAUCUCACUAUUCUUUUGGAGGCUUGGAGACCUAUAGCAGUGGGACACAAGAGAAGGUGGUGGGACUGCAUCGCAUUGCCAGAUGAUAUUAAUUCUUCUGAUGAAGUUGCUUUCAGGAUGCAGAUAAGAGACUUGGCAUUUGAGUCACUCCAACUUCUAAAGACAGCUAUAUUUGACAGCGAGUGUGAACCAUUAUUCUCCCUGGAAAUAUAUGGGCACAUCAUUGGCAUGUUUGAGCAAAAUAAUCUUGAUUUGGUGGUAGCUUCUCCUGUGGAAGAUUACUUUUUAUACAUUGAUGAUCUAAGAUAUCCUGAAAAGGAAAAAGCUGAGGAAAUCACGCAACCAAUCCUGGAUGCUCUCGGUGAAGACUAUUCCAUUUGUUGCCAGGGAACUGCAUUUUUUCCAUUGCAAAGCUGCACGAACCAUUCCUGCUGUCCUAAUGCAAAGGCGUUCAAAAGAGAGGAGGAUAGAGAUGGUCAAGCAACGAUAAUUGCACUGAGGUCCAUUCAUAAAGGAGAAGAGAUAACAAUCUCAUAUGUCGAUGAGGAUCUUCCAUUCGAAGAGAGACAAGCAUCCCUUGCAGAUUAUGGUUUCAGAUGUAGGUGCCCAAAGUGCGUUGAAGAACAACCAUAGUACCGAAAUUUAAUGGAAACAAUCGCGAACUGUAGCUUUUUUUUUGUUGAAGACAACAUGUGUUCUUUAUACAAAGGAUAUUGAAUCAAGAUUAAAAGAAAGUAGAAGUUAAAGAUCAAAGGAAGCAGUGACUCGCGAGAUGCACUGCAACUACUACAAGAUGGGGGUGGAUCUUCACAUCCACUAAGAGAAGAGAUCUAUGAGACACCGUCCAUCAUUUUCUCAGACUGGGACCUGGAAGCAUAUCAUUCUUACAGGGAGGCGCUACUAUGUACGGACUACGUAGCAGGGAAUGCUCAUCAAGUGUCUAUGGAGUUGAACCUGAUUCAAGAUACUCAAUGUUUUUGUGUUCAUCAAAUGCAACAAGAUUUGGUGAAUAGCCGGAGGGUGUCUUUAUCCUAGGUUUAGAAGUUCUGUUUUAAUCUGUCAUUACAAGCUCACGUUUGCCUUAUUGAAAAAAAAUCAAAGGGAGCAUGCGCUAUUUCUAAUAUUCGUUUCGUACC